CAAUGAAAUAGGGAGUGGCUAAAAAUCAAGUGUGAUCAGUGUGACAUUCCAUGCUCACACAGUCAUCAACAAGACAUAAAGGAAAUCAAACCCAUUAGAAGCCUUUAUGGAUUUUCUGUAAACAUGAAUACAUCUACCAAAGACCUUUAUGCUGUGCUCGUGGGAUCAAAAAGCUCCCGGAAAUGUCUAGUUGGAAACAUCAUCCUGGGAAGACAGGCGUUUGAUCCAAGAGAUGUAACAUCCCAUUGUGAGAGGGGAGAGAGAGAAAUAUUUGGGCAAACAAUCACAUUGGUCACAUCCCCAGGGUGGCUGCGUGGAUAUACCCUGUAUCAUACAGCAGAACUUUUCAAGACAGAAGCGAUUCUCAGUGUCACUCUGUGUCCACCUGGACUGCAUAGUUUUAUCCUGGUGAUUAAUGCUGAACUACCAUUCAAAAAAGAAUACAAGAAGGCAACAAGAGAGCACUUGCAACACUUUUUCGGUGACAAGGUGUGGGAUCACACGAUCGUGGCCUUCAGCCAAAGAAGCCAGAUAGGCCACAAAACCAUCGAGGAUUACAUCACGAGGGAAGGAGCGCCACUCCAGUCACUUUUAGAGGAAUGUGGUAACAGAUAUCUCACUCUUUAUGACGAUGGUGCCGACAACGACGUAAAGGUCAAAGAGCUGUUUGAGAAGAUUGACGCAUUGGUGGCGAAAAACGGACGGUAUGAAGCAGACAGUACACUGUUGCAAAGUACGGAGUUGAAGAGGAAGGAAGUGGCCAAAAAAGCUGAGGAGUUGCGGAGGAGCAACUGA